CGUACUCUCAGAGGGAGGUUGUGGGUUUGUUGUGGUCCAGCUUUAAAACAGGUUAAACUUGGCAAAAAUGGAUCGUUUCUGGAUGGAACAUUGCUAAAUUUGGAACUGAUCUGUGGUAAAGUGCAAAUUCCAUCGAAAUGAGAGCCAUUCCAAAGUGGGUCGAAAAGAUCCACGAUGCAAACGAAAAGAACGACGUUGCCAGCAUUCACUCGAUUUGCUUCCACCCGGAAGGACUUCAGCUGGUGGUGGGUGCCGGCGAUAAGGUGGUUGUGUACGACCCACUGGACGGAAACGUCGUGAGCUCGUUGAGGGGACACAAAGAUGUGGUGCACUGUGUGGCUUACGCAAAGGAUGGCAAAAAGUUUGCGUCCGGAAGUGCCGACAAGACGGUCAUCAUUUGGACGAAUAAGCUCGAGGGGCUGCUCAAGUACUCCCACGGUGACUCGGUCCAGUGCCUGUCGUUCAACCCGGUGUCCCACCAGCUGGCCUCGUGUGCCGUGUCGGACUUUUCCUUCUGGUCGUCGGAGCAGAAAGCGGUCCAGAAGUACAAAACCGCAGCCCGGGUUAACGCGUGCGCCUGGACCAACGAUGGCCAAUAUCUGGCGCUGGGCAUGGCCAACGGGGUCAUUUCGAUCCGCAACAAGGCGGGGGACGAGAAGGUCAAGAUCGAGCGGCCGGGGGGCGUUAACAGUCCGAUCUUUGGGCUGGCGUGGAAUCCUCCGGCGGCCGGUUCGGCGGACAUUUUGUGCGUGAUCGAUUGGAGCCAAACGUUGUCGUUUUACUCGCUUGGCGGGCAGGCGAUCGGGAAGGAGCGGAACUUUAACUUUGAUCCGCUGUGCUUGAGCUUCUUUCCGGAUGGGGAGUUUUUGACUAUUGCCGGGUGUAACAAGGCGCUGCAGCUGUUUACGCGGGACGGAAUUCGGUUGGGGAUGCUGGGCGAGCAGCACGAGUCGUGGAUUUGGGCGACCGCUGUGAAUCCGGUUGGGAAUUCGAUUGUUGUGGGGUGUCAGGACGGAACGUUGGCGUGUUAUAAUUUGGGGUUCAACACGGUCCAUGCAUUGUAUAGAGAGCGCUACGCAUUCCGCGAAAAUAUGUGCGAUGUGAUUAUACAACAUUUGGUUUCCGGGCAGAAGGUUCGCAUCAAGUGUCGUGAUCUGGUGCACAAGAUUGCGAUUUAUCGUAACAGGCUGGCGGUUCAGCUGCCGGAACGGGUUGUAUUGUACGAGCUGAGUUCAGCGGAGAAUCAACCGAUGCACUACAAGGUGAAGGAGAAGAUCGCCAAGAAGUUUGAGUGUAGUUUGCUGGUGGUUUGCGCGCAGCAUUUAGUGCUGUGUCAGGAGAAAAAGCUACAGAGUUUGGACUUCAAUGGAGCUCUGCAGAGGGAGUGGAUUAUGGAUAGCUUUAUCCGGUACAUCAAGGUUACGGGAGGCCCAGCUGGUUGUGAGGGGCUCUUGCUCGGGUUGAAGUCCGGCCAGGUGUGGCGGAUAUUCCUGGACAACUCGUUGCCCAUUUUGGUGACCACGGUUCUGUCGUCAGUGCGAUGUCUCGAUCUAAACGCCACGCGUACCAAACUCGCAGUCGUGGACGACGCAGGACGGUUGGUGGUUCGCGAUCUGAUAACCGAUACGAUGCUCUACCAGGACGCGAAUGUGAACUCUGUUGCGUGGAACACCCACCUGGAGUCGAUGCUGUGCUACUCGCAUACCACGGGUGGAUUGAGCGUUCGCGUUGGUUCGUUACCGCCGCGGAGUCCACAGUCGAUGCUCGGGGUGGUCGUUGGACUGUGCGGAGCGACGGCGUUUUGUCUGCGCGGGAACGUGAUGAGUAACGUCCCGUUGGCGCUGGGUGCCACGAUGUGGCAGUUCGUGGAGGCAGGGCUGUUUGAGGACGCCUACCAGGUAGCUUGCUUGGGAGUACCACUAUCGGACUGGGAAGGUUUGGCGCAAGCAGCGCUUGAAGCUCUCAACUACCACAUUGCUCGUGAGGCAUACGUCAAGGUUCGCAAUCUACCGUGGCUGGAGCUGAUCAACGAUCUCAAAGAACGUCAAAAGCGUGGAGAUAACUCAAAGGAGGUUCUCCUGGCGGACACGUACGCCUUCACAGGCAAGUUCAAGGAAGCUGCUCGUCUGUACCAAAAGUCCGGCAACAACAGCAAAGCACUGGCAAUGUACAGCGAUCUGCGGAUGUUCGAUCUGGCGCAGGAAUUCUUGAAGGAAGGAAGUGCCGCUGACAAGAAGGAACUGAUCCGUAGACGGGCCGAGUGGGCAUGUUCGGUGCAUGAGCCGAGAGCUGCGGCGGAACUGUUGCUGUCCGCUGGGGAGUCCCAGCGGGCGAUCGAGAUCGUGGCCGAGCAAGGGUGGACCGAUGUUCUGUUGGAUAUCGGACGGCGCUUGAAUGCGUCUGAGAAGGAACCGCUGGAACUGAUCGCGACUCACUUGAGAAGAUUGAAGGCACUGCCGCUUGCGGCGGAAAUUUACCGCAAGUUGGGCGAAGAGGAGCAGGUUGUUCAGCUACAUGUCGAGGCGCGGGAUUGGCCGGAAGCUUUCCGGUUGGCCGAACAUUUGCCCAAGAUAUUGCCGUCGAUUCAUUACCAGCACGCGCAGUGGCUGGCAGAGUCGGAUCAGUUCAUAUCCGCGCACGAAGCGUACGUACUAGCUGGAAAGCCAAACGAGGCGACUAAACUGCUGAGAAACCUCGUAGAAUGCGCUGUAUCGGAAGAACGCUAUUUGGACGCCGGUUACUACACGUGGCUCAGAGCCAAACAGGUUCUAAAACUGCUAGACGGUGAAUCCAUCCUGAAGGAGCAGAACCUCGUCGAGUACAAAUCGCUGCAAAAGAUGGCUUCAAUCUACUACGCGUACAGCACGCUGAACUCAUACCUGAAAGAACCGUUCACGAGCAGCCCUCCGUUGACCCUGUUCAACACGAGUCGUUUCGUCGUAAACCAGAUCAAUGGACUGUCUGCCCCGAAAGGAAUCAGUUUAUUUGCCGUUUACUACACGCUCUCCAAGCAGGCCAAGGUCCUCGGAGCCAACAAGCUGCAUCUGCAGAUCAACAACAAGCUGCAAUCGCUCAAGGCCCCAGCCGGCAUCCAGGAACAGGUGGACAUCAGCUACAUCACCAGUCGAGCUUGUCCGGGGGGCUUCAACGACCCAGAAGAGUACCUGCCGAUGUGCUACCGCUGCUCGAACUACAGCCCCCAUCUGCACGGCAAUCGCUGUCCAAACUGCGGCCAAGAGUACGUGUUUUCGUACGUGUCGUUCGAGAUUCUGCCGCUGUCGGAGUUCGUCCCGGAGGAGGGCAUUGCCGAUCAGGAGGCGGAACGGUUGUUGAUGGCACCACCCAAGAUGAACGAUUACGGCCAGCCGGAUCAGUUUAUUCAUGAGGACAUCAUCGACACCUUCUCGUCCAGCUUGGACCGCGACGCGCUGCGAGCCAUCGAUCCCCGCGAGGUCAUCAUCAUCAAGGGGCCGAGUCCGUUGCGAACACGCUACUAUCGAAACCUGCUGCCGGAGCUGCAGAUAACCGUGUGUCCCGAGUGCAACAAUGCGUUUCACUCGGAGGACUUUGAGCUGCAGUUUUUGCAGAAGGGAUACUGUCCGUUCUGUCGGACGCCGGAAGAUAGUUUGGUGAAUUAAAAGUGUCCUUAAAAUAUGUGUUUAACGAGUGAUCUCAUUCCGUCCAACACCUCUGCUAGAGUGUGAUGUAGUUAUAAGUUGAGUGAUUCUUUUUAAUGCACAUUUUAGAAAUAAAUGCUAUUGCACUUGAAAA